AUGGGUGACAAGCGCAAGCUCGUUCAGGAUGAGGUCGUUGAGCCCGAGGGCAAGAAGAUGAAGAAGGAGAAGAAGGAAAAGAAAGAGAAGAAGGAAAAGAAGGAAAAGCGCAAAUCCCGUGAUGAGUCCGAGGAUGUCGCUGUCGAGACCCCGACACAGGAUGAAGUGAAGAGCGAUAAGAAGGAGAAGAAGGAGAAGAAGCAAGAGAAGGACCGCAAGGAAAAGAAGGAGCGCAAGGAGAAGAAGAAGGGCAAGGCCGGUGCCGAUGAGCCUGCUGCCUCCGAGGACGCCAUGGAUGUGGAUGAGACUCCCGUCGAGAAGAAGGAAGAGAAGGAAGAGAAGAAGGAAGAGAAGAAGGAAGAGAAGAAGGAAGAGAAGAAGGAAAAGAAGGACAAGAAGGAGAAAAAGGACAAAAAGGAGAAAAAAGACAAAAAGGAGAAGAAGCAAAAGACCGAGGAGAAAUCCGAGGAAAAGCCCACAGAGGAGCCCGCAGCUGAAGCUCAGGCCGAAGAGGAAUCCGAGGAGGCUCAACAGUCCGGCAAGGCCGCUCGCUUCAUUUGCUUCGUCGGCAACCUCCCCUACUCCGCCAACCACGAGUCGUUGACCAAGCACUUCGAAAAGAACCCCCCAGCCACAAUCCGCGUCGCAACAAGAAAAGAAGACCCCAAGAAGUGCCGUGGCUUCGCCUUCAUCGAGUUCGACAACUAUGACCGCAUGAAGACCUGCCUCAAGCUGUACCACCACUCCAACUUUGAUGACGGAAAGUACCCUGCUCGCCGCAUGAACGUCGAGCUGACUGCCGGUGGCGGUGGCGCCAACUCUGAACACCGCAAGGCCAAGAUCCAGGCCAAGAACGAGAAGCUGAACGACGAGCGCUCGCGCCAGGCCAAGGAGAUCAAGAAGGACAAGAAGAAGUACGAGAACAAGCCUGCUGCUGACGAUGCCAAUGCUAUUGAGAUCCCCGCUGCUGAUGAUAAGUGGGCUGGUGUGCACCCCAGCCGGAGAGGUCGUCUCUGA